AUGUCAUCCACAACAUCUAUCCUGCUCGAGCCCCAGAGCAUUCCAAUCACAAACAUCAGCAGCAACACCACUCGUCAAAGAGGCACUGCGAAUCUGGGUACCGCGCCUGCUCCGCUCGAUCCAAUACUCGAAGCGUCCCGGCAAGCCGAUAGUCAGGUCCCAGAAGGCGGCUAUGGCUGGGUCGUGACGGGGUGCUGCUUCGUGCUAGCCUUUUGGAUCGUCGGGAUUUCGUACAGCUGGGGUGUGAUGCAGGCCGUCCUCAUCGCCCGGGGUCUCGCCUCCCCCUCGACGCUGUCAUUUGCCGGCUCCCUCGCUCCCACCUUGAUCGCCGCCACGGCGGUGAUCAAUGCUCAGUUCUUCAGAAAGGUCGGUGCGAGGUGGAUGGGAACCCUGGGGGUGUUCCUUCUGGGCCUGGGCCAGAUCCUCGCCGGGUUUGCCAUCGACAACGUCGCGGGCCUGUUCAUGACCAACGGCUUCACCGUCGGCCUGGGCAUGGGCUUGUGCUUCUCCACUUUUUCCAUCAUGCCCGCCCAGUACUUCCGGCGCAGGCGAGGGCUCGCCAACGGCAUCGUCUUCUCGGGUGGGGGUUUCGGCGGCGCGGCGCUCAGUAUCGUCUCGGAUAAGCUCAUCCAGCGCCUGGGUCCGGCCUGGACUUAUCGCGCCAUCGGCCUCACCAUCCUGGCCACCGGGAUCCCGGCCGCGCUGCUAAUCAGGGAGCGGGAAGAGGCCAAGACGGCUAGGAAAAGCAGCCCUGUCAGCGCCCGCGGGAUGGUGGAGUGGAAGCUCUUCAAGGACCCUGCGUUUGCGUUUCUCUUUGCCGCCAGCGCCAUCGGCACGUUCCCGCUUCUCGUGCCGCCGUUCUUCAUCCCGCUCUACGCGCAGCAGGGUCUUGGGCUCACAUCGGCCACGGGUGCUGCCUUGCUCGCCGGCUUCAACUUGAGUUCUGCGGUCGGUAGGAUUGCAUCUGGGGUCCUCUGCGACAGGUUGGGUGCCGUCAACGCCCUACUUGGCAGCUUCGUGAUGGGCGCCAUCAGCAUGUUGGUCCUGUGGCCGGCGUCGACCAGCUUGGCCCCGCUUGCAGUGUUUGUGGUGGUCAACGGGCUGGCCAACGGUGCCUUUUUCUCGACCAUGCCGACCGUGGCGGGGAAUGUCUUUGGGUCGGCGAGGGGCGCCCCUAUCGCAGGACACCUUCUUGACGCAUAUGGAGGCUCCGAAAACGGCCUCCAAGCCUACAGACCAGCCAUGUUCUAUGCCGGAUCCCUGACACUCGCGUCGGGUACCUUUGUCGCUUUGAUGCGCUACAGGCUGACAAAGGCAUGGCUGGCUAAGAUAUAA